UCCCUACCCUCCUCUCGCUCUUUAAGAAGACUUUCUCCCUCGUCCUCUCCACUCACUAAGAAAGGUUAGAGAGAGAGAAACAGAAAGUUGGGAAAACAGAAAGCGAGCAGAGGGAAAAUAGUAAUUGUAACUCAGGUGUGAAAGAUGUCGAAGGAAGUGAGCGAAGAGGGUCAUAGCCACCACCAUGGCAAAGACUACGUCGACCCUCCACCCGCACCUCUCAUUGACAUGGCAGAACUCAAGCUCUGGUCUUUCUACCGAUCACUCAUCGCCGAGUUCAUCGCAACCCUCCUCUUCCUCUACAUCACCGUAGCCACCGUCAUCGGCUACAAGAAGUCCGAUCCCUGUAACAGGGUCGGCCUUCUCGAUGUGGCUUGGACUUUUGGAGGCAUCAUCUUCGCCCUUGUCUACUGCACCGCCGGUGUCUCUGCAACCAUGAGCAAGGAAAAGGACAAAGGAAAACAGAUCGUUGUAGAACCACCAAAACCUGUUUCAACCAAACCUGGUUCACCUAUUGAAAUUGCUAAUAGAUUUACUACUUUAGGUAGUACCUCAAAACCUGCUUCAUUUGCUUCAACUGUUUCCACCACAUACAUCAAAAAAAUGUGUUCAUGGAAUCUGUUCUAUAUUGAAUCUAACCGAUCAAUAGAUGCAGACCCAUACAAAAUUGCUACCAGAUAUUUUCCUCCAAACUUUCACUGGAUCCCGGAGAAUCUAAUGAAGAAUCUCCAAUAUUACUGCAGUAUUCUGAUUCUCACUAAUUCCCUUGUUAUAAAACCAAUCUAUGAUCAAACUGACAGCUCCAAACAAAUUUCUCAUAGUGCUUAUAUUUCCCAACUCAUCACUGAAGAAGAUUGGGGUGCACACUCCUCUACUUCUAAACAACUCCUUGAUUCUGAUAUAAUCUACAAUUAUUAUGAUUAUAUCGAUGCCUGGUUCAAAUUUAUGUUGUUCCAAACCCCUGAAAUGUCUCAUUCAUGGAUUCUUAACUUUGACAAAAAAUUCAAAGGAAAGUUUCCAUUAUGGUUCAACAAAUGGUGGCAUGAAUUUGGCCUCAUUCCUGAAAUUUUCCCUGAAGAGCUUCAACAAGCUUUUAAAUGCUUCCAAAAUGAAAUUCCUGCAAGAUUGGAUAGAUAUAUGGCAAAAUUUCCAUAUUCUCUUCACUUUUGCAAAUGGUUCAAAACUCCAUGGAUCUUAAAAUGGUCUUAUGAAAAAAAUGGAGAUAUGUUAAUGAGAUACACUUUUGUCAAGUGGUGGGACAAGUUCCCUCACAUGCAAAACAUUAUUAACUCUGUUAUAAAAGAGUUCUCACAGGCUGCUCCAGAUCUAAAGAACUCUGAAGAUUUUCUUGCUAUUGACCGAUCAUCGCUAAUCCAGGCACCAGCUGUUUCAACAAAAGAGAAAGCAACUGCUUCCUCUUAUGAGAAAUCUGUUAAAUGCUCUAAAUCCAAAAAGAAGAAUGUCCUUAAAGGACUUACAAAAAAGGAUCUGAUUUACCUGCUUCAACAAUUGGUGAAAGAAGAUAAUUCUGACUCAGAUAAUUCAGAAGCAUCUUCAGUAGCCCCAUACAGUAACUGCUUUGUUCACGAUUCAGAAGACACUUCAAGACUAUCUGAUGACUGAUCCAAUCUUGCUUCACAGGCUGACAACUCAAGACAUUGAAUGACAGCCACAAUGCUUCCAUGUGGAUGAAUACACUGUUCAAUCACGGACCAAUAUUGUUUACUAUUUGCUUUCGCUGUAAUGCUUUCACUAUUUACUUUCACUGUAUCCCUUUAAUAAUUGUAUACAGUGCUUCUUUGCUCUAUAAAAGGAACGUCUGACUUCAGACUUAGGCAAAACUCAUUAGAGCAUUUGCUUCACAA